UGACAUUUUAUUCCAGCUCAACAUAUCAGCUGUGCAGGCCUAAAUUUUAAGCAUUUUAACAACAAUAAUUUUCGACUAAAUAUCAAUAAAAAAAUAGUCUUGCUAUCCAAACAGUCUGAAAUUCUGUCAGUCUUGCAACAAAUAGUUCAGGUUAUCAUGGCCAGUUGCGAUGUGCAAGCCACUCCAUCGGAUGAGAAUAAAAAUGAGGACCCAGCGCAAGGCGAAACGAAGGCCGAAUCAGUUACUAAAUUCGAAGCACGAAUUACAAAAAGAGGAACUGUCCAUCAGCCAACGAGGAUUCCGGGACCCGUACGCUUGGAUGAGAACGGUAGCUACAUCCAAACAAGUACUCGAAAGUACAACUCUCUGAUGAAGACGCUGCAGACGAGGAGCGAGAUGGACGAUAGUUUCAGCAGCACCAGCACACUGGUGAACACAACUGAGGAUUCUGGCGUCCAAAUGGAUUGCUCAAUAACUGUCGACGACAAUGAUUCCAGUUCUGAAAUUCUAACCCAGUCGAGCAACUCCACGCCAUGCGAACAGCGCAGCUCGGAGACAAUCGCGACCAGUGGAAGUCUGGAUGAACUGGAGGCCGCCGAACAGCAGACGUUGAGGGUGCUGCAACGCGCCGUGGCCGAAAUGGAGGCAGAUGUCGCAUUGCACGCUGAGAUACUCGAAGAACAGAUCAAGCUUGAGCUGGAAAACCAAUUGAAUUUACACAUUGAGAACGAAGUCCAAAAGGAGAUUGAAAAGACGCUGAUGCAACAAACAAUGGAUCAGCAGGAACAGCAGCAGCAGCAGCAAGAUGAGGAGCAGCAAGAACACCAACAGUCAGAAACGGAAUCUAUUCAGGAGCUUGAAUUUGAGCUAGAGCUAAAUCUGCAGUUGAUGCCGGAGCUAACAAAUCUCCAAUCGGAUUUCAUCGAUCUGUGUCAGCCCCUGGACGGCGAACAAACGAGCAAUUCAUGUCCCAGGGCUGGCACUCGCGACCGAAAGCACGUGCGAGUGGAGGAACUGCUUGAGGCAGAGCAUGACAUGGAGCUGCUGCACAAGCUGCUCCAAAUCGACAACGAUCAGUACACUGGAGAGAUGGGUGAUCUGGCACAGCCCCAUGAGAUCCAGUGUCUGCCCGACCUGAAUGCUGGCAGGGAUAUGCUAGUCAACCUGGAUAGAUUCACGACUGAGGACGGGUCUGAGUGGCAUCGAAAGCGAGUGAGCAUCUUUCAAUCGCUGCUGCAGAUUUUCUGCGGAAACCACAUCCGCAGACUGAGCUACCCCUUACUAUUUUGUGGCAUGGCUGUCGGUUUGAUUUAUUACUUUCGUAAGAAUUAGGGAAUUGUAGGCGUACACAUUUUAAAAUUCAACCACACAAAUUCCUGAGCUUUGUAUAUGCACGACGAACCGCAACAAAAUCGAACUCACCUUGAGCUCUCAAAAUUACAUUUAUUUUUAUAGAAACCAAAAAAAUAAAAAGAAAAAAAAAAAUACCAAAACAAUAGCAAAAAUAUCGCCAAUACAGGCACAAAUCCGACGACGCUACAAAAACUCCCAAAGUAUAAAUCACUGUUCUCGGAACUGAACAAAGCUAUUGUAUCAAAAUGAUAUAUAUAGUAUAUAGUCAUAUAUGUAUGUAUAUAUAUUGUAGCAAACACCCAAAAGCAAUAAAUAAACCAUCAAGCGUUAUUUUAGCAGUUUCGAAAAUUAUAAAAAAAAAAAGUAAAAAAUGUGUAACUGAGACUUAAAUUAAGCGAAGCGUAUGAAAAAGCAAGGAAUCGCAAAAGAUUACCUCACACAAUAGAUAUUUAGUCUUCGGAUAAUAAAUUGUAAUAGUGCUGAUACACAUUUAUAAGUUUCUAGUUGCCCUCUUAAGGUAAUCAAUAUUGUGUUUUAUAUAUCUGAGAAUUUUUUGGAAUUUGGAAGGAUGACGGGAUAUAUUUUCACGAUGCUUAAAUUAAAAAAGCUUCUGCAAAGCAGAUAAAACUAAAUAAUUAUAGGGUAGUUCGUCAAUAUUUGUAGAACAAAGCAAUAUGUACAUACAAUGCUGUUAUCUGUAUAAGAAAUAUUAUAUACAAAAAUCGAAAUACGUAUGGCUAUGUGGAAAUUGUCAAUAUGUCUUUAAGCGUGUCAAAAUGCCAACAAAUUUUAGGAAAUUUCGGGGCCUAAUUUAAAUUAUUUUUUGUUAUUUUGUUUUUUGUUUAAAAUCGGGGACAGAAAUGGCUGCCAUUGAAUCCGUUGUGAUAGCCGGAUUUGUGCAUUUAGUAAUUCGAUUUGCUUUGUAUGUAACACCCCAAACCGUGCUAAAGACGCCAGGCCCAGCAACGCCCACGUUCAUCAUCUGCUUGGCGCUAAUGGAUCUCAUCUAUCAUACUCGCAUAGUACCGCAACGCUUCGAUGAUAUGUCAGCGAUGUUUAAGUAUGUUUUUGAAUCUGUGACGGUCAUCUUCCUACUCGAGCUGGGUAUGCUGCUUUGGGAAUCGAUCGAGCAUACAAUUUUCCUAGUUGUCAAAGGAUCGCUACUGUCCAUGAAAGUGAUCUCGAGACCAACAUAUUACAAGCAGCAGAACGUGAUAAUCGGCGCCUUCACUCUGCCGCUGUCUCUGGUGAUAUUUGCUGCAGUUGAGCAGUCCCAUAAUAACCAAUAGAAAAACAAAAAACAAAUAACAAACUAUAUUAAAGGCAUAACAACUUAA